AUGAACGAUCCUGGACUCGAGCAACCUGCUCAGGAAGCUGCGAAGGACGUCGAAAAUAAUGAUUCUGGGGAGGAUGAGCAGCAGGCCAAGGACGAGGAACGGGAGUAUCUUGACCCAAGUCGAUGGUGGUUCGCAUCGACGGCGAUCCCACUUAUCGCAGGCACGUUCGGCCCUAUCGCCAAUGCAUUUAGUAUUUGUGCUCUCGUCGAGAAGUGGAGAGUCUAUAUUCCGGAUGGACAAGACGAAGGCCACGGAGUCAAGGUCGAAGACCCGAAAUGGCUCGUCGCUGUUAAUUCAGUAUCUCUCGUCUUUGCGCUUGCUGCAAAUAUAGCUCUGCUACUCAGCAUGGCCCGACGGGCAUCGUUCGCGUUAGCACAAUCCAUUAUCAUUAUUGGAUGGUAUCUCUCAGCUAUCCUCCUCAUCGUCCUCGUUGUAGUCGCCUCAACAUCAGCGUUCCGUCUGCAACCAAGGCAGAAUUAUGCUCUAGGCCAGGCCUACUAUUACGGCGUCAUAGCGGCUGGUCUCUACUUCAUUAUUGCUUCGCUCAUGGUCGGCACAGCUUACGGCGCCUACAAAGGUCAUUACGCCAAACAAUUCCGUCUAACCUCUAGUCAGAGGACAUUGAUGCUGCAGACUAUCGGGUUUAUGUUCUACCUUCUUUUAGGCGCUCUUAUCUUCUCCAGUGUCGAGGGCUGGUCUUUCCUGGAUGGAGUUUUUUGGGCCGAUUUUACUCUUUUGACCGUUGGCAUUGGGGGCGAGUUCGUCCCCAAGACACACACUGGCAGAUCGUUACUCUUUCCAUAUGCUAUUGGUGGAUUGGUCAUGGUUGGUUUGGUCAUCGGUUCCGUGAGGUCUUUGAUCCUCGAACAUGGCAAACAGAAAAUGUCUGCUCGCUUUGUCGAAGUCAAGAGGCAAAAGGUCCUUGCCUCCAUCGACAAAGAAUCGAAGACUAUCAAACUGGGGCCAUUUGAGACGAUCAAGUUCGACCAGGAAGGCCUGUCCGAGCCUCAGAGGAGGGAGCAGGAAUUCCGGAUCAUGCGGCGCGUCCAGGAGCUCUCCGGAAGAAAGAGAAGGUAUAUGGCGCUUGCGAUUUCAACUACAGCUUCGUUGCUCUUGUGGCUUUUGGGAGCCGUUGUCUUCAUGUACUCCGAACAACCGCAAGGCUGGUCGUACUUUGUGAGCCUGUACUUUGCCUACACUUCGCUUCUGACAGUUGGAUACGGCGACUAUGUAGUCGAAAGCAAUUCGGGCAAGGCAUUCUUCGUCUUCUGGAGCUUGUUGGCUAUUCCGACACUUACUAUCCUUAUAAGCAAUAUGGGCGAUACCAUCAUCAAAGCAUUUAGGGAUUUCACUAUCUGGAUUGGGUCCCUUACUGUUCUGCCAGACGAACACGGCUUAGGUACAGCACUGAAGGUUGGUAUGAAGAAAAUGAGCAUGGGCAAGAUGUACAAAGACAGAGAUACGGACAGAGACAGCCACAAGAGAAAUCAAGGCGCAUCCGCGCGAUUCGCCUUGGACAGGCUUGAGAAACACAUCGAAGACGAGGAGAUUAGGGAAGCAGACGCGGCGGGUGAGCAUGGGGACAAGCUCGAUCGUGACAUCCAUUUCUACCACUUCAUCCUCGCGAAGGAGCUUGGCCGGCUGAUGAAGGACAUCAAUGCUUCACCGCCGCGAGAAUACACUUACGAUGAGUGGGCUUAUUUCCUUCGCCUAAUCGGUCAAGAUGAGGGCAACGCUUCUCGACAUCGGCAGCCGAACGUAAAGCACCAACACAACAAGGAUGAAUCACCCGAUCUCGGCACGGCAGACGAUGAUGGAGAGCACGAGUGGAGUUGGCUUGGUAUUCGAAGUCCGCUCAUGGGGAACCAGAACGAGGCCCAAUGGCUGCUCCAGCGACUCUCUGCGAGGAUGGAAUCAGAAAUGCGAAGGAUGAGUUCCACAAAAACGAAAAAGGAACCACCGCCUUUCUCUAUGGAUGAACUAAGACAUAGGGAGAAAAAUCAGAAGUCUGGAGGAGACAAUGACUUGUAA